CUCCGCUCAUCCUGCGGCGGCGGCGCCGCGCCACGGUGGAAGAGGAGGCGUAGACACGGCUGGAGAAGAUGUCGGGCCAAACGCUCACCGACCGGAUCGCCGCCGCCCAGUACAGCGUGACGGGCUCCGCGGUGGCCAGGGCCGUGUGCAAGGCCACCACUCAUGAAGUGAUGGGCCCCAAGAAGAAGCACCUGGACUAUUUGAUCCAGGCAACCAACGAAACCAAUGUUAAUAUCCCUCAGAUGGCAGACACGCUCUUUGAGCGGGCAACCAAUAGUAGCUGGGUGGUUGUGUUCAAAGCCUUGGUGACAACACAUCAUCUCAUGGUGCAUGGAAAUGAGAGAUUUAUUCAGUAUUUGGCCUCUAGAAAUACACUAUUUAAUCUCAGCAACUUUUUGGACAAAAGUGGAUCCCAUGGUUACGAUAUGUCCACCUUCAUAAGGCGCUACAGUAGAUACUUGAAUGAAAAGGCUUUCUCUUAUAGACAAAUGGCAUUUGACUUUGCCAGAGUGAAGAAAGGAGCUGAUGGCGUCAUGAGAACGAUGGCUCCAGAGAAGCUGCUGAAGAGCAUGCCGAUACUGCAGGGACAGAUUGAUGCACUGCUGGAAUUUGACGUGCACCCAAACGAACUAACAAAUGGAGUCAUCAAUGCUGCAUUUAUGCUUCUUUUCAAAGAUCUUAUCAAACUGUUUGCUUGCUACAACGAUGGAGUGAUUAACUUGCUCGAAAAGUUUUUUGAAAUGAAGAAAGGACAAUGUAAAGAUGCCCUAGAAAUUUACAAGCGAUUUCUCACAAGGAUGACGCGAGUGUCCGAAUUUCUCAAGGUUGCCGAGCAAGUUGGUAUUGAUAAAGGGGACAUCCCCGACCUCACUCAGGCUCCCAGCAGUCUUAUGGAGACCCUUGAACAGCAUCUAAAUACAUUAGAAGGAAAGAAACCCGGAAACAAGUCUGGUGCUCCCUCUCCAUUAAGUAAGUCCUCCCCAGUCACCACUGCCACGUCGCCUAACUCCACACCAGCUAAAACCAUCGACACGUCCCCGCCCGUCGAUUUAUUUGCAACGGCAUCUGCGGCUGUGCCGGUCAGUGCUUCAAAGCCAUCGAGUGAUCUCCUGGACCUCCAGCCAGCCUUCUCUUCCGGAGGAGCAGCGGCUGCAGCCCCUGCAGCGCCACCGGCCGGCGGAGCCACGGCCUGGGGAGACCUUUUGGGAGAGGAUUCUUUGGCUGGGCUGUCCUCUGUCCCCUCCGAAGCACAGAUUUCAGACCCCUUCGCUCCAGAGCCCACCCCUUCCACCACGACUGCAGAAGCAGCCCCGGCCUCCGCCCCAGCCGCCACCACCCCUGCGGUGCCGGUGGCCUCCUCGGACGUGGAUCUCUUCGGAGAUGCGUUUGCCGCUUCUCCGGGGGAGGCCCCCGCCGUGCCCGAGGGCGCCACCGCGCCUGCCGCGCCCGCCCCGGUGGCCGCCGCCCGCGAUGCUUGCUCAGGAAAUGACCCCUUCGCCCCGUCCGAGGGGAGCGCGGACGCUGCGCCCGAGCUGGACCUCUUUGCCAUGAAGCCACCCGAGACCAGCGCUCCAGUAGUCACUCCCACUGCUAGCGCCGCACCCCCUGUUCCCGCCACCGCGCCUUCUCCUGCUCCCGCUGCCGCGGCCGCCGCCACGGCCACCACCGCCGCCGCAGCCCCGGCCCCAGCCCCGGCCGCCCCGGCCGCCGCUCCCGCUCUAGAUAUCUUUGGGGAUCUCUUUGAGGCGGCUCCAGAAGUGGCGGCGGCCCCAGCGCCUAAGCCGGAGGCUGCGCCCAGCAUAGACCUGUUCGGGACAGAUGGCUUCUCCUCUCCACCGCACGGGGCCUCUCCGGUGCCGGACAGCGCGCUCACAGCCGACCUCCUCUCCGUGGAUGCGUUUGCCGCGCCCGCCCCGGCAGCCGCUGCUUCUCCCGCAAAGGUGGAGCCCGCGGGCGUGAUAGACCUGUUCGGGGGGUUUGGGGGUUCGUUCCUGGCCCCUUCUCCGUCCCCGGUGACCCCGGCUCAGAAUAACCUGCUCCAGCCCAAUUUCGAGGCAGCCUUUGGCAGCACGCCCGCCACUUCCAGCAGCAGCUCCUUUGACCCGUCAGUAUUUGAUGGUCUAGGUGAUCUUCUGAUGCCAACCAUGGCACCAGCUGGGCAGCCUGCCCCUGUCUCCAUGGUACCACCCAGUCCAGCCAUGGCCUCCAGCAAAGCCCUGGGAAGUGAUCUGGAUUCGUCCCUGGCCAGCUUAGUAGGCAAUCUUGGAAUCUCUGGUACCACAACCAAAAAGGGAGAUCUCCAGUGGAAUGCUGGGGAGAAAAAGCUGACUGGUGGAGCCAACUGGCAGCCAAAGGUGACGCCAGCCACAUGGUCUGCGGGCGUGCCCCCGAGUGCGCCUCUGCAAGGAGCGGUGCCUCCGGCCGGCGCGGUGGCCCCCGGGCCGGGCGCCCCGUCCGUGGGACAGCCUGGAGCGGGAUUCGGCAUGCCUCCCGCGGGCGCCGCCAUGCCCAUGAUGCCCCAGCAGCCGGUCAUGUUCGCACAGCCCAUGAUGAGGCCGCCCUUCGGAGCCGCCGCGGGCCCCGGCGCGCAGCUUUCUCCAAGCCCCUCACCUGCUGCUCAGAGUCCCAAGAAACCUCCAGCAAAGGACCCGUUAGCGGAUCUUAACAUCAAGGACUUCAUGUAAACCAUCGAAGCUGCAGUUUUUGUGACUGGAUAGGAAAACUGAAAUGAGUUUGGGAUCUUCAGAUCAGAUGGCUGCUCAGAGGCUCCCAGGGGCAGAGCGCCGUGCGAGCCCCAUGCUUCCUCAUAACUCCUCUUCCAGGACGCGUAGCGCAGCCGCGAAGCAAGCAUUAGGAACGUGAACCUUAGCUGUUCCCCCUCCUCUCAACCCCUAGUGUAUGUGGGCUACUUGUGCAUUGUACGUUGUCGUAAACAAUGAAUGGAUAUUUCCAAUGCCUUUAGUGCUUUUCUGGACCUUGCUUGUGGACGGGUGACACAGCUGUGGUGUGGCGAGCCAUUGAGAAAGGUGUGUUUUGUGUUUUUUGAAAGUUUUGAUGUGUAUAUACAACUUUUGGACAAACCCUAAACUCUCCCCAUGAAUUCUCUUCUCUUCCGUAUCUGUGUUACAAGCGUAAUGUGAUAAUACCAGAUAGUAAGGAAAACACUCUUAAAAUACACAAAACUUUUUUCGGUGUGGAGUACAUUUUUCCAAUCACAGAAACUUCAGCUGUCGUGAGAAAUGUUUAUUUUUGUGGCACUGUAUAUGUUAAGAAAUUUUAUUUUAAAAAAAUAUAUAUAAAGGUUAACGUCCAUAAUAAAUACUUCUCCUUGAAGCUACCUUACCAAGAAUGAAAACUCAUAGGGGAAGACGUCCCUAUUUAUCACUGCUAUAUUAAGAUGUAUAUUUUAAUUAUAUUUGACAGGUUUUGCAUCUAAAUUGACCUAUUUAUGAAUUCUUGAUUAAAUGCACUGAAAAGUGAAGCGUCCAUUUCUCUCCUGUCUGUGACAAUACAAUUCGAGAUGUGCUAUUUCUGUGGCUAUGAAAAUACCCCAGGGAUAUCUGUGACUUCAAGAUUACUGCAAAUAUUUUUACUUGGCUGUGGGUUUUCUGUACAUCUGUUCAUGUCAUAUUUCUUUGUGUGUUCUGGAGACUGGUGUUUUUCCAUCCUUCCACUGAACUCAGCGUGGACUUUGUUGUACCAUUGUGACUAGAAUUUAAACUGAUUCCAAGAAGUGUAGCCUUCACUGUACAUACUGCAUUCUUUGGUUUUUAAUCUGUUGUCAUGUUGUCUGUGCUGAUGGCUUGGCUUACGAUGUGGGAGCACAAAUGAGGUCGCUGUCAAUCAGUGUUGCUCGUGGCUUGACGGCUCUUCAUAAAAGCAUAUUGGAUUGGAAAGGCAUUCGCCUGUUUUUCAAAUCACUUAAUAGAUGUAUGGUACCAUUUAAAAGUGGUUGUAUCUGAAUUUACUGUGGGGAUAACAUACACUGUAACAGGGGAAAAUUACCCAAAACCAAUUUCAAAAUGGCUUUUCUUUGUAUUUCAGUUUCAAACCCCAGUGCAUGUACGCCCUCUGAGAUGCAAUAAACACCUUGAACAAAGAAAA